AUGUUUAAGUUGAUAUCUCCCUUUAGCAAGGCAAAGGCGGUGCCUAUGUUCUUCAGCAACACGUACAUCUCGUCGUUUUCGUCGAUAUCGUUAAAGGAGGCUGCUGCCAUCAGGAAGAGUCGAGUGUUCUCUUCCAAUAUUCCUCUCUUGCAGUCUUCGUUUGGCCCUGGGGGAAGAAGACGCAUUGCGAACCUGUACAAAUACGAAUUGAAGUCACUUACAGACAGAUUUGGCAUCCCCAAGAGGAGCGACACAUGGAAAAGAUACAAUCGCCACUAUGGUAACACCCAGUGGGACAAGUUGAAGGGCCCUGCUCUAUUCACUUUGCUCUUCUGCACUACCACUACUUUGGCCAUGCCGUACCUUUUCGAGUACACCCCUCUUGGUGUAUUCAAAAGACAACCGUAUGCCUUGGUAUUGUCAAUAAUAGCCAUCAAUGGAGGUGUCUUCUUGAUGUGGAAAGCUCCACAGUUCAGAAGGUACUUGAACAAAUAUGCCUUGAUCUACAAGGACAACGUAGAAACAUACUGGUCGUUCCUUGGAGCCGCCUUUUCACACCAGAGCUUUGGCCAUUUGUUUGUAAACAUGUUUGUGUUGCAUUCAUUUGGAACAACGUUGUGUACAAUGCUAGGAUCAGCCAAUUUCCUUGCGUUAUACCUCAACUCAGCAGUGAUUUCGUCAUUUAUAUCCAUCCUUAUCCCGGUACUCCUUAGGUUUAACCUUUCCGUGGGUGCUUUAGGAGCUUCUGGUGCGAUUUUCAGUGUAUUUGGAGCAUUCUCAUAUUUGAUUCCUAAGGCACCUAUUGCGCUUUUCUUUUUCCCAAUCCCUGGUGGGUCAUGGAUCGCUUUCUUGGGUGCCGCUGCAUACAACGUUGCUGGAAUAGCAUUCAAGUUUGGUAGGUACGACUACGCGGCGCACCUCGGUGGUGCCAUUGCUGGAGUUGCGUACGGCUGGUGGUACGACAAUAAGAGGAAACAGAUGAGAAGACAAAGGAGAGUGGCGUAUGUCUAG